AUGCUCGAUCACAUUGCUUUUCACCAGAAGGAGUGGAGCACUUGCAAUCCCCAAAAACAUAAUAAAACACAGGAAAGACUUGUCAGAAUCGAAGCCAAACUUGACAAGUUGCUGGACCAGAAGGAAGCUUCAUCGACGAAUGCAAAUAUUCUUGAGUUUCAGACUAAACUGGAUCGGAUUGAAAACCUUCUGACAGGCCUGCAUAAUAAUGUGUCUAAGCGAGUCUCCAACGCUGUUAUAUCUCCUUUGUUCACGCGGAUCGGGUCUAGAUUAAUUUACGUCGAAAACGGAAUUAAAAAGUCCUGGGACGGUGCUGAAGAGACCUGCCGCGAGAUGGGAGGUCACCUGGCAACUAUUCAGAACGAAUCUGACUUAAACAGCAUCGAAAAAGAACUAGAGCUCCAUGGCGUCUACUGGCUGGGCAUCACAGACGUGGCCAAGGAGGGGGAGUAUGUGUCCGUGGCCACUGGCGAACCAGCACCCUUCUUGAAGUGGGAAGAAGAUCAACCAUUCACUUUAUCACACCAAUAUAACUGUGUGGAUAUUUACAAGGGCGAAAUGUACGAUACCGACUGUAGCAGAAGUCAAUAUUUUAUCUGUGAGGCUGUUGGAUAAGUGAAAUAAGUAAAGUUUUUUAUUUAUACAAAAGUCUCACUCAACCAUGAAAUACAACUUAAGUAAAAACAGUUUUUUAAAAAGUUAAAUAAAAUGUUGUGACUUGAGAUAUGCGAAGAAAAAUGAACCAAUUGUUAAAUUAUUAUGUUGUUUUUCAGCAUAAG